AUGCGUUCCUCAUUCGCCGUGAUUAGGUUCGCCCGCGUGGCGAGCCCCGGCAGGAACGGCGCAUCGAACAGGUCGAGCAUCACGCCACCGCCUCUGCGAAGAUCGGCAAUUCGGCCGACGCCGCAGCCUUGGCCUCGACGAAGUUCGAUAUCGUCACGCGGACCAGCCUUAUCCUCUUCGGGUCGGCAGGACGGACCGGAUCAGGUCGGUAUAGCGCGCGAACACGUUAUGGAUCUGGCGCGAGACGUCGCGGUACACCUCAGCGCGGCGGCACAAAGAUCAGGUCGGGACAGCGCCGGAGCGCCCUGGCCGCCGCUACCACGCCCGCGCGGCGGCAUGUCCGACCGCGACCGGCUUGCCACGCAGCGAUGGAUCGUCGCGCUGCUCCACCGACGCGUAGAAGGCGUCCAUGUCGACGUGGAUGAUCUUGCGCACCGCCAUGCGUACCCUUUACUGCAAGAGGAACAGGAUGUGAACACGCUGCGCGAUAGCGGCGGAAAUCCGUCGUUUAUCCGACAUUUUCCAAUCUGGGCGAAAUGUGGGACGAAUUCCGGCGGGAGCAGUUGGGCGACGUCGGCGACCGUCAUCGGCACAUCGGCCGGAUGCUCACCGCCGCGCGAAGAGAUCCAUGUUCGCGUCGCCCCCUCCUUCAGCGCCGCGAUGAUCGGCGACAGGGAUCGGCCGCGAUCGGACAGGCUGUACUCGACGCGUGGCGGCACUGGGCGAAGACCUCGCGCUCGAUCAGGCCGUCGAUCUCCAAUUCGCGGAGUUGAUUGGUCAGCAUGCGUGGUGUCACGUCACCAGCCCGGCGGCGCAAGGAUCACCGCCUUCCACUUGCCGUCGAUCAGGCUCACCGCCGCUUCGACGGCGCAGCACGGGUACAGUCGAGGCGGGAGUGACGGGCUUUCGCCAUCGGGAUAG